AUGAGUUCGUUCGAGGGCCCUAAAUCCACCCACACCCGCGCUGUUGCACUUGGUAAACGUCCGCCACUUGUACAUCGCAGUUCUGACCCUGAAUUUAGCGACGCCGAACUCGAUGAUGCUGUUGAGAUGGGCGAAGACACAGUAUGGGGCAACCUGGAGGAACCCAUUUAUGCCGAAAAAGACUUGAAGAUCUUCCGUCCGAGCCAAGAGGACUCGAGUCUACCUGUGUACUAUGCCAAAGGGUGGCUGCCAUUCUCGGCCGAUACGCUCUUUAACGCACUCAUGGACGCAAGAUAUCGAAAGUCCUGGGACGAUACCGUCCAUCAGCUGUACGUGGUCGAACAUCAGCACGUGAGCGACGUCAUGUACUUUGCAUUGAACCUGCCGUGGCCUCUGACCAAUCGUGACUACGUCUAUCGACGACGAGUCGAGUUCUACCCAAGCCAAAACGCAUUUGUGGUACUGUAUCAGGCUGCACAUCAUGCCGAUGCUCCGGUCAAUGAGACCCGAGUGAGAGUGGAAACGUGCACGCUGAGAUUGUGUAUUCGUAGUCUACCGGACUCGACAGAUUCUUGUGACUUUCACCUCGAGUAUGAAGACGACACAAACUUUAGCAUCCCAAAUUAUAUCGUGAAUUGGCUGUUACGGGCAAGGAUGCCUUCGUUCAUAACCGAAUUGCGAAAAGCUUGUGCAGGGUAUGCUGACUAUGCCAAAACUUUAGAGGAUAACGCGGUGCAAAGUAUUCCUUCUCAAGUUGUGCGGCAUCGGAGCGAGGUUGCUGUUGCGGCCUCGAAACCACCGGUAAGUAUGAGCUCAUCUGCCAGUAAAAGCGUGAUCGGAGCUCAUGUGACGAAAGAGCGUAAGGCUGUGCAAGCCAGCCUACGACCACAAGGCAGCUGUUUUUGCAACAACAAACGACCAUUUCGUCCAGAGACAAAUAGUAUGAGCAAGGAAUGGGAUGACCAUGAGGCGUCUCGCAGUGAGCUGCCGACCAUGCAGAGCACACGACCGUACUCCUCUUCGUUGUCACUUCCGGAGGAGCUUGAAAUAACCAACGGCAAAAGUUCUCAUCUGAAGCAUUCUUCCUCGGCAGACUUUCCGUCAUCACCUUUGACGGAGCUUGAAACCAAUAACGGCAAAUUCCCUCAUCUGAACCAUUCUUCCUCGGCAGAGUGUAUCAGCUCUGCAUCAUUUUUCAACACUCCGUCAUCGGUGGCAAAGUGUUUCCGUGCCAGCUCGGUGACAUCAGCACAGACAGCUUCACGCAGUGGAUUUGGAUCAUCAACACCGUUGGACGAUGACUUUACCGUUAGUUUCCGAAAGCAGAAAAUUGGUCUACACUUGGAGACUGACCUCUUUUCGAGCAAAGUGCUCGUAGCUUUCUGCGAAAAAGACAGUGAGGCUGCGGCCUGCACUACUGAGCGCAUUGAGCCAGGACUCCUUGUCACUUCAGUGAAUGGUAUUUCCGUGACUGAUUUCCAGUUUAAUGAUAUUUUAAGCGAGAUCCAAAGAGCUCCACGUCCACUCAAACUUGGCUUUACUCACCCCGACCGCGAAGCAUCUCUUCAGUAUCAUUGCUUCAAAGAGCCGCAAAAUGUGUUGAGGUGCCUUGUGUCUCAAGGUGAAACUGAUUUGCUGUGCGCGCUACGCCCGCUCGAUGAAGAUGUAGCUACGGGGGCCGUUCUUAAGUGUGAUUUUGUUGCCCCUCCUGCUACAGUUGUGAAAGCAAAAUUUACUCCUAGUAGCAAAAGCACGUCACUUGUGGAGCUUUCGUCCUCGGAACGUGCUACAACGUCUACGCUACACUCUUCUACGUCUUUGCCAUAUAUGGGGACAGAACGUGUGCUUGUACCAGCAGGCUACCUCGUCUACGAGAUUAAUGGUUCGUACGUUCUGGAUGUACCAUUCGCUGAGACAACUCGCCUACUGCGCCACAGCGGCGACGUUUGCGUGGUGACAUUCAAAGCAGCAAUGGCAAUUGUGGGUGGAAGCAAGCGGCAGUCACUACGGAACAAGUACAAAAUGUCAAAGCGUUUGUCAGGUGUGUUUAGAAAGAAGCGCAAUGCUUCGGAUACCAGUAUAACAGCAAGCAUCAGUUCAUCUUCGUCACAAGAGUGGACAAGUGGAAGAAAUGUAUCGUCUCAACAGCGAGAUGGGAGCUCAGACAGUAAAACAAAUGAUUCCGAAGACUGUGGUUUGACAGACUAUUCUACUGUCACUGUCACGUCUAGCAACAUCGACUGGGUAUGGCAGCAGGUGGUGCUUCUGAAAACAACAGAGCGUAUGUUUUCAGCUGGACUUCUAAUCGAUCGGCUUAAGACGUUCUUGUCCGAAAUGAACAGUACCAACAAGAUCAUCGCUGCAACUAAGGCGACGGUUCUAAGGGCAAUGCACGAUGAGCGAGAGUUGCUUGACCACAUUAUAGAGCGACGUGAUCAAGGUGUGAUAGCGCUAAACGAGUUUAGAGACAAGGAAUGUGACGACGAGUGGCAAUGCGGGCAGACAGCAUUGGGUGUACAUACAUCCUGGAAACCUGAUCAAGACGGAUCGAUAUGGAUCAAAAUGGAAGGUCUUGUCGACGGCGUGGACAUUUUCAACACGAUAUCUGUUAUUCGCGAGGUAGACCUUUACAGCGUGUGGGCGCCAUUUUGCUCGCAAUCACUCCUGCUUGAGGAAAAAAGUCACGCGGAACUAGCGGCAUACCUGGCUAUAACAUCUCCAUUCUUGCAGCGUGACACAGUUAUUCAAGCAUUCGGCAUUAAUGCCUUGUAUGAAAAUCGCUGUCUGCUAUUGCUUGGAGGAUCUGUUGACGUGUCGUCCGUGACAAGCUCCAUUCCAGUCCCUACAUUGCAAGGGUGGAACGCAGGGCGUAUGGAAAUCAAGGGCUUCCGUGCACUGAUUGAGCCUGUCACUCGCAUGCAAGCCCGCACGUGCAUUGUGGUCAAUAUCGACCCCAAAUGUACAAUUCCCAAGUCCAUGCUGAACUUUGGAAUCAAGAAAAUGGCUGGUGUGUUGCUCUACCUAAUUCGUAAGGAAGCCGAAAAGAUUCAGAGCAACAACAAAAGGCCUGCAACAAGCGCUGCAAAUGAGCAUCUGUGUCGCAUCAAGAGCGACCCUAGUGGCUUCUACACAUGGCUCAGACCGAUCGUCGACAAGUACUUUGUCGAUCAACGCAAUAGCAACCUCCCCGAGCCUCUCUCUUUGUUUUCCGAUGUCCAAGUUGAGUGGACAGCAGAUACUGACGCACUUUGCGUGAGUGGAAGAAAGAGUGUGAAGACUGGAAGUCCGCGGCUCGUAAAGCGACGGACUUGUACUCAAAUCGCUGCGUUUCAGCGUAAACGUAUCAGCACUUCGUCAAUCGACAGUCCAGAGUGUUUUGACGCGUCUGCUUCGACCUUGACCAGCCAAUUGGGCGACUACUUGCACAACGUGGUCGUCUGGCCAUAUCUCGUGCUGUAUCUCUUCGUCAAAGUGUCUGCAGACCUCCCUCUACCCCACGCUUGUGCGCUCAAGUUCAUCUUUACUUGCACUUGCACGUGGUUGGGUAUUUCUCGAUCCACUCGACACUGGAAACGAACUUGUAAUGAACUGGAAUCUCUCCGACAGCAAUAUGUUGUCCUGGCCGCCAUUUUUGAUGUAAUGAGCUCCUGGGCACUGCGUAUCUGGGUUCGAUGGGUACAAUGCUAUCUAUGCGCGUUGCUACAAGGCGCGGCUGCGACUGGAAUCUGUUUAUCGCGCUCACCAAUGGAAGUCCGUGAAUCGGAACAGUUUCUUCUGUCACUUGUCUGCUUCCUUUAUGCCAGCGCCAUUGUCGGUGUCCAGAUUGCGGGCAACAUCUAA